CCCGCAGGCACAGUCCCCAUCGUCAUCUGCUUGAGAGCCACACCUGGUCUGGUCCUUAUCCUUGGGCUCGUUUAACGCGCAUGCUGUUGAGGGGGAGAAACAAGGACAAUGGCGGGAAGCCUCUCUUGGGGGGUGGGUAGGAGCUUGUGGGGCUGUGUGCCACUGGCCUGCAGAAGCUUCUCUCUUGGUGUUCCCGGAUUGACCCGUGUAAGGCUCACCGUCCCUCCUCCCAAAGUGGUUGAUCGUUGGAAUGAAAAGAGGGCCAUGUUCGGAGUGUAUGACAAUAUCGGGAUCCUGGGAAACUUUGAAAAGCACCCAAAAGAACUGAUCAAGGGCCCCAGAUGGCUCCGAGGCUGGAAAGGGAAUGAAUUACAGCGUUGUAUCCGGAAGAAGAAAAUGGUUGGAGAUCGAAUGUUCUCUGAUGACCUGCACAACCUUAACAAACGUAUCAGUUAUCUUUACAAACACUUUAACCGACAUGGGAAGUAUCGAUAGAGAAAGCUGGAAACUGAGAGACAGGCUCGUCUAUCACUCUGGAAAAGGGAGAGUAUUUUCACAGAAAAGAGCUUUGUAUGCUUUCUGUAAUAAAAUGGGUUUCGUUGGAAUCUGAUAUCCAUACA